AUGUCGCGCUCGUACGCACGUAACCAGCCUGUGAAGCGCUAUGAUGGGGAGCCCCUCACACGCACAGAUGUACAGCAUGCCGUUUUAUGCUAUCUCUUUUCCGAUACGCGCCGUGUAUUCACGAAUCCCCGUGCCGGGUCGCGCGGAGCGCCCAUGUCGACGUUCAUUCAGUCCGUGGCCAAUGCGGAGGAUAUGCCGCUUGCGGUGAAUGCGGAUCCUGACCGCCACGCACUAGCCAACUCGCCGCGAGCCGUUCAGGCGUGCGUGGCAUCUGCAGUGGCAGGGCCGUUUCCCACGUUCGUGUGGCCAUAUGGGCAGUCGGCCGGCUCGGCGCGGCGCGCGGACGAGACUGACGAGGAGCGCGCUGCAUGGGAGGCGCGGCGCACCGAGUACCUGGAGUGGCGCGAAGCGACGUACCCGUCAUCGAUCACGCCCGAGGCGGAGCUGGACGAAGUACCACCCUCGCCCUGGGCGCACCCGGGCGCUGAAAAGCUCACGUUCAAAGAACUGUACAUCGAGGCGCUGAUGAACAGUAGCAAGUGCACAAAGAGCAUGCGAGAAAAGUGCUUCGUGGAUGAGGAGUAUGCUGAGGACUUUUCCAAGGUGUGCUUGCUCGUGAAUGUUGGCCGCAUUAAUACAACGCUGGCCUUCUACCCGGAGAUGAAGACGAUCUUGCGCAGCUACCACCCUGUGCCAUCCCUACAAAAGAGCGAGAAUACGCGGCGUAACAUGCAAGAUGCACCGCGCAUGAAGUCGCUGCUCAAGGCCGUGCUGCUUCCCUACGAGCGACCAGGGGGGUCAGGCACCGCCUCGGCCUCGGCGCGGCACGAGGAAGGGGAAGACACACUCGAGGUACCUGGCGACCUCGAUGAGCUUGCGCGUCGCCGCCGUACGCAGAAUCGACCGCCGACCUCCGUUGUCACGCUGAUUUUCCUCUUAGCGAACCAGGCACUUGACGUCACGUCUAUGCACUUUCCCGCGCAGGUUGAUGCACACUCGCUCUUUUUCCCACAGACCGGUCGGCCCAUCUCGGCGAAGCAGCGGGCGAAUGCUUUCCUGUGGCUACUCUACCACUACCUUGAGGGGCCUGCAUCACUCCCACCCGGUGCACCGGGAUCAGAAAAUCCGUUUGACGACGAUGUGUCGCGAGCUGCGCGCGCCGAGGCGCAUAAGGCAUGGGUGGAAGGUGGCUCUUUGCCACUCGAUGACGCGCAUCCCACAUGGCGUGGUAUCCCGAACCCAGAGUAUGCGCGCUGGCGCGAGCAGAACGAGCAUCUGGUUGAUGCUAGCGACGCAUCGUCCCGCAAGCCUCCGCGGAAGCGUGGCGCGGAUGGCGACGACGUGCCGGACGUGUCUCCCUGCCCCGAGACGCAUACACAUCGCCUGCUUAUCCCGGCGCUGCCAUCUAUGGCACCGGAGGCGUAUGCCAAAGAGGACGAGGAUCCACCAGAGGAGAUUGAAUGGGGCAAACGGAUGCAGGGCGAGCGCAGCGCAUUCCUUGUUCGGUUCGAGGAGGAGGAGCAGGCCAAGGUGCUUGCGAAUGGCGGCGUCGUCGAUGCCGCGGACGACGAGCGCGCAAAGAAGCGUGCGCACACCAGCACACAGAGCUGCUAUCCCCUGGCUAACAUCCUGGCGAACGCUGCCGCAGCCGGGUCCAACAAUGGCGCGCUGAACCGUUCGCCAAUCGGCUUCGUGAAGCGCGCGCGUCUCUCCUCGCGCCUCUCACAACCGCGCGAUGGGCCACUAGGUGCGGACGUGGGUGACGUAUCACAUGCUUCGGGAUCAGCUGCCGUGGAUGCCAGUGGAGAUGCUGAUGCAUGGCUAGCACAGGCCCCAUCACUUUGGGAUCUGGACUUGGCGCCGGCCAAUGCAGAUGCACCUCGCACGUCGCUACUUCGUGCGCAGUGGAAGCGUAUCCAGAAAGCCCCCGAUUACGACUCCGACACUGACGGCAAGCAUGACGACGAAGAAGUUCUCGCACGCACUCUGCUUGUCCUGCGUCGCUCACGCGAAAUCCGCGGCGACGGGCCGGUCUAA